AUGUUAACUGUCUAUUUAACUCAUUCAAUAGGUCUAUUACAUAUAAUACGUUUUAUAUGUAUAAUUAUUUUACUUACAUUAUCUGAAAUAAAAAUUUCGUCAUGUCAAACAUAUUUAAAUGAAUUUCUUGGUUUUGAUCAUUCAUCAAUACUUUUUUAUUAUAUAUUAAUAUGGAUUUCAUUUUCAUUUGAAAUCUAUAUUCUUCUCAAUCGUUUACUUGGCACAAUAUCAAUCAAAGCUAAAUAUUCUAUUAAAAUCUUAUAUUCAUUAUUAAGUUUAUCUUAUCUUCUUGCAUCUUGCUUUACAUUAUACGCAAUAGUUCAUUCGUCAAAUGGUCAUGUUAUAACGCAAAGUGAUUUUUCUGAAACGCCUCACACAAUCAUUCAAUUACUACCUAAUUGUAAUCUGUAUCGUCUAAUUGGAAUUCUAUUUGGCAUUCUAAUUAGUUUUCUCUAUUUCAUUGCUAUUAUCAUAAUUCAUCGUUUAAAAGAUUAA